AACAAACCAUUUUUCCACCACAAAAAUAUGGCAGUGACGAUUACCUGUCAAAACUUCGCAUUGUCGAGACCGACACGGCAAGCCUUAAAAAUUUCCGAUACGGGGUGGAACGGAAAUUUCACUGAAAUAAUUGCUUCGCCCGUCGUACUAUCUGUGGGGCUGCACCGCGCAUGCGCGAACCAGACCCGCGCAUGGCAUCAUGUGAAGUGUAAGCUCUCAAUUCGGCCAAAAACAAAUGCUUUCCUAGUGUUCUUUUUUCAAAAAUUAAAACAUACAAGUUCUUUUUAUUCUUUUGUAUUGAAAUCUAGCUUGUCUGUGCUUUUGUGCGGGAGUUUGCUUCGAUUUUCGUUCGACGCUAAUAAAGUUCAGGACGUCGUUGCCAUAAACUUGAGUUUUAAAGCCAAAACAAAUUGGAAUCUGCACUUUACAACGGAGGGUAACACGGUACGAUGAACGAGACCACUUUCAAUUACACAGAAAUAUACAUAAAGGAGAAGUCCAACCAGACGACGCCAGACACUCUCCCGCCGGCACACAGCGGCUAUGAGAACGUCAUCGACAACAAAUGGAUCCAAUCCAUUUUCUGCAUCAUCUACACCGUGAUAUUCGUACUAGGAUUACUCGGCAACAUCCUAGUAUGCUUCGUCGUCAUCAGGAACAAGGCCAUGCAGACCGUCACCAACCUCUUUAUUAGCAACCUCGCCCUCUCUGACAUAUUACUUUGCGUAUUCGCCGUCCCCUUCACUCCGCUCUACACGUUCCGCGGUGCCUGGAGCUGGGGCUCCCUCUUAUGCCACAUUAUGCCUUUCGCACAGGGAUGCAGUGUAUACAUAUCCACGUUGACGCUUAUGUCUAUAGCUAUCGAUAGGUUCUUCGUAAUCAUCUACCCGUUCCGACCGAGAAUGAAGAUUGAAACGUGUUUGAUAGUCAUCGUUAUGAUUUGGACUUUUGCUAUAACAGUGACGAUGCCUUACGCUAUUUUCAUGACGUACUAUGACCUAGAUAUAGGCAGGUUUUGUGAGGAGACGUGGCCGUCAGAGAGGUUGCGGCGAGUGUUCGGCUCGGUGACAUCUGUGUUACAAUUCGUAUUGCCCUUUGUUGUGAUUGCCUUCUGUUACACGUGUGUCAGUUUUAAAUUGAAUGACAGAGCCAAAGCUAAAGCCGCUAGCAAAAAUUCACGAAAAGAGGAACUCGACAAAAACAGAAAGCGACGAACAAACCAGAUGCUGAUAGCUAUGGUUACUAUAUUCGGACUGUCGUGGUUACCUUUGAAUAUAAUAAACCUAUGCAACGACUACUACAUGUACGCAAUACACUUGAAAUAUUACUAUUUAGUGUUUUUCAUAGGACACGUAAUAGCCAUGUCCUCGACAUGCUACAAUCCGUUCAUUUACGCUUGGAUGAAUGAGAAUUUCCGCAAAGAGUUUAAGCAGCUGAUUCCAUGUAUUGAUUCGUCAGCGAACAUAAGGGGAAACAUUCCUUUAGAUCAGAUGGGAGUGGGUCCAUCUGAGAAGACAUUUAAUGGUAAUACCACGACUGAUAGUUACCUGGGCUCCAGUUCCCAGAGAGGGACGUCAUUCCGGCAUAAAAGGAAGCCGAGUGCUGCUGCGGAUGUCGAAAAAAGCGGAGUGGAACUUAACGAGGAUUUACUGACCGUUGACGUGAAACAUUGUCACAUAUCCACGAGUUACAACCUGCGACGGGAGUCUGUGAAGCUGCGACUCAUCAACGAGGAGUCGUUCGACGGGACGCCGUCCCAAAGUCAAUUCUAACAGUUGAUGUCCCGGGUAAGCUUUUUUAAUUUAAAAACAGUAGUGUCAGCAAAAACAAAUCGUGCUCUGGAAUCGAACGAACCUUUUUGUUAUAAAAUUGUCUUUUUAUUGUCUAUUCUGACGCGGUUGUCGUUGUUUACGUUUCCAGUAAAUAGCAGCAAGGUUAAAUGUGACAAUGUUUUGACUUUAUGCUAAUCUAGCACGAGCCUCUGACUUUAUGAGAUUGUCGCAAAUAUUUUGUCAUAUUGUCUCAGCUUUUUAAAAUUUUCCUGUUUGUUCUUAAAACUAAAAAUGUUCUUUUUCCCAUCGAUCAAGUAUUUUUCUGUAAACAGUUUAUGGUUAAUUCAGCUGACUUAUUGUAUUGUUUUCUCUUCCACAGGUACGCCAAUGGAAGCGUUCCCAAAUAUGAACUGUGAGAAAAUAUAUAUAGGUGUAAGAGUACCCGAUAUUUUUGGAGUGAAUUUAUUUUUUACAUAAAAUGUCUUUACUAUUGCACAAUCGACUACUGAAUUACGCUUAUCGAUUUACUAAACCUUUAGAUUAAUAAAACAUUGUAUUUACGUUAAAUCAAUUAUUCGACCAUGAAAGUAGACGGAAUUGCGAAAUCGAGUUUGUUGGUUUCGCAGUUUCGUUUUGUACCCAAAGGCCUUUGUACUGCCCAAUGUCCCUAGAAUCUGCUUAGAAUAAGAAUUGUAAUAUAAUUAGACUCGUAGCCUUAUUGUUAGUAAGUUCGAGCCCCAGUCCUAAGAUCUAGGUAUAAAGAGGUUUUAUUUGUUGUUCCUAACGGCACAAGUUUUGAAUCCCAAUGAGUCCUUGAGUCUGCAGUAUUUAAUUCUAAUGCCUCGUUUAGACCGCCAAACUAUUCGGAGGAUAGUUAUUGCACCAAUGUUAGUUGCCGCAUGGAACUCGUUUUGGUACAAUUUUGCGGCUAGAAACGAGUGCACUCGA